AUGAAUCUGGCGCUACAUAAGGCUGUCUUUGCGUCAUCAAGCCACAUGCACUGGAUGUGCAAAAAUUACGACUGCAAGCCGGAUAACGCGGUGGAUGGGGACACCAGCAGCCAACAAAGCCUCUUUUCGUCAGCACCCAGCGACACGAGCCCGUGGCUGUCCAUUGAUUUGGGAGCUAUAGCCAUUGUACACAGCAUCAUACUCUACAAAAACCCAUUCUGUUGGUGCGACUGGUUGGUCAAUGCGUCGUUGCUGGUGGGCAAUGCCAGUAUCACGUCCGACGACAUGAGUGAUGCCACGACCCGUAUCAGCCCAAAUCAAUUGGUAUGGAAUCAGACGGAGCUCGGUACGACUGGUGAGAAGGUUUACAUCCAGGUGGACCCCCCAGUCGUGGGCCGCUGGGUGACCCUGCAGAACGGUCCACGCCAGAUCAACAUUGGGGAGCUGGAGGUGUACGGUACCUUGGCAGCGCCACUGCCGCCGCAGCCGCCGGCCGCACCCUCGGGCCCGCCUGCGGUUGACGACCCACCUGUACGCGGUAUCAACUCACAAUGCGGCUCCGCGGGGCAGUUUGAUAUGCACGCGCACGGUGUCUGCGUGGAAAGGACCCUAGGUAACUUUCCCUGUCCUUAUAUGAACGCUGUCGGCAGAAUCAACGUCAUCUACCGCCUCAUUUAUGAGAACCCCGACGGUUCUCGGUCCAGCGGCGGGUCAGCACUGACCAUGGAGUGCGUGGAGCGAACAUCUACAUUCCCCAUGCUGUAUGUGGAGUUCCGUGAGAAUGUGGCAUUGGCCCCCGGGCAGUUUGUGGUGCUCCAACAGCAGAACCGCACAGUGUGCAGCUCUGGCGGCCCCUGGGACGAUGUCAUGCGCGUCAGGUGCCUCUGCUUCUCCACAGAAGCGGCGACCUCCUUCGCCGUUGUUACGCCUCGUCUAUGCGAAUCCUCCUCAUCCGACUGUGUCUUCUGCCUACCCGGUCCCAUCCUGCAUCCCAGUGUCCGCAGUAUGUAUGUCCAUAUGGCCACGCCUAUGCUACGUCCCGUCCCCAAACCCGUCCAGAGCUUUGAAAUUAUUUGGGCCUUCUGA